AUGCGCGUCUGGACGCAGACACCGGUCGCUGCGCGGCAUCCCACAGGGUUUGCCGUGCACAACUUGUCGAGCGACGCCGAAAAGAUGUCGGCAUCACCACCAGACGCGGGUGGAAACCGAGAGCGAGAGGCGGAGAUAGAACAGCUGCAUCAGUUAGUAGGGGCGGCGGCGGGGCUUGUCUUCAAGCAGCGCCUGGCCAUCCAUCGCAUGAAUUGCGGCUCGCUUCCGUCUGGAAAGGAACACCGACCCUUGCACACAUCUGUGAGUAGGGGGGAUGCCUGCAAUGUUGCGUUACAGCGGCUGGCAGAUCUGGAGGAUCAUUUGUCGCAGGAAACGAGUCGUUGUAUUCGUUUUUCGAAUGUAACAGCUCUUCACUUCCUCAACGCGAAACACUAUUCACGUGCGCUGCAGAUUCUACUUAGAGAGGAGGCCAUGACACAGAGGGGGGCCGGAAAGUGGUUUCCCUUCUUUAGCACCACGGAAUCUAUUGAGAUGGAUGUUAGGAACUUUGUUCAGUCGAUGGAGGACCAUCACGGCGGGGAUAAGGGGUGUAUGCAGGAGAUAUUUGUUCCUUUCUUCACCAAGCGUCAUGAGAAGAUGCGGCAGCUUGCCUUCGCCGUGGUCAACAAUAACAUUGGGUUAUACCACUUCAAGCUUGCAGAGUACGAGCUGGCGGUGCGGCGCAUGUCCCAUGCGCUUCACUUAGAGGAGGCGUUAGGGGUUGAAACCAUUGGGGUGACGUACUUUAACCUAGCCCAGGCGCAGUACGAAUGUGGUAAUGUGGAGGAAGCCUUGACAGCCAUCUCGUUGGCGGAGGAGGCGAUUGAGAGGCGCAUCUACGAGUCCGAAACCCAAAUGAAUAGUCUUCACCGUAUUGCCAAGCACGGCUGCGAUGAUGGCGGUGGUAGUGCCAGCAUUGUUCCAGGGCUAGAGCGACGAAGGCUUGACGUGCACAUUAGCUGGCGUGAAAGUGUGUGCCUGCUCUCACGUGUGUUGGAGGCCCACGGAAGGUGGCUGCAGAGUAGUACCGCCUACAAGGCUGCCAUACAUCGUUUUGAGCAGAGCGAUAGGUGGCUCUCGUCUGUAAAGCGGCUAAGUGCGGAGGAGAAUAAGUGGCGUCAGGAACUGCGGCAGCGCAUACAGGAAUGCAAGCGUGCGCAGCGACACAGCUGCUGUCAUCCCAAGUCAACAGCAUUGUACUCCUCCCCACUCCCUAGCAGAUCUUCCGCUCACCCGCGCAGCAUCAUCGUCACGACGACGCUUCCACGUCGUAUUGAGAUUACAACCUGUGCGACACCGUUUGACAAUUUUGCCAAGCUGAAUGAGAAGGAGGAUGAGGAAAAUAGAGUAGCAGGGGUCGACCUGCGACACCCACUGAGGCAGCGGCGGCAGCAGCUGAAGCAGCAUCAACAUCAGGGGCAAAAGAAGCAAAACGAAAGACGUGUGAAGCCGGGCCACAAGGAUGUGUACGACUUCUCAAAUAUCUCCCCUACAGCUGCCGCUGCGGAGCUGCCUCACUGCCGCAACAUGCCGCGCCGCCCAGCGUGGGAUUCAGACACGCAUGUUGUUCACCGUGACUCAAUACGACGCCGCACGGCGACACCGACUGCAAGUUCUCUGACGCACACGAAUUCGGAGACCAGGACCUCCUCGCGGUUAACCUCCACUGCACAUACGCCGUUCUCACGGGGAGCUAAGAGCGGGCGUGAGACCUCAGGAAGGCCGACGUUAUCGAGUGAAAUGGAACUGACGCCAUCAGAUGUACAGCGGAGACAACGGUCAAGCCAGGCGGAGGCGUGCACGCCACUGCAUAGACCGCAAUCGGGUCACCAUGCCGUGGCACGCCGUGCCUGGGAUUUAAACAAUAGCGAUGAGUUAUCGCCACCGACGACUUCCACGUCGGAAAGGAAGGUGUGUGCCCCUUCGCUGGGGAGAUGCAUACAUGUCCUGCAGGCCUUUGCCCGGGCACGGCUCUCAUUGUUUGAGAGGGAGUGGCGGAGGCUUCCCUGUGGAACGGGAUUAGUCUCGUCUCAAAACCAUUCCUAUUUUUUAAAUUAUUCCUUAUCUUCCUUCUCAUCGUGCAGCGACGCGAUGCUCAACACUGACGGCGCACUGUGCCUUGCGAAAGCUGGUGACUGUGUCUUGAAGAACGGCGGGGCUUCCGUGAGGACGGCGCCUGUUCAUAGUACGAGGCCGCCACGUGCAGCUGCGAUCCUUUUGGCUUUUUUGUCGGCUCGGCGUUCAGCCUCGCUUGCGUGUCAGCGGCGCAUCGAGCAACAGUACGCGAGAGUGAUGGAAAGGGUUCUGCAGCAAUACACCGCUUGUGCCGCGUCUUCUUUGCCUACGACAGCGAGGAUGCAGAUGCUGCGUGGUUCAGAACGAAACCGAACUUGGGCAGAGGUGCAGCCGCAGGUUACCAAUGGAAGUUACGCAGCUUUCCCUCCGCACCGGGGGGAGAGUUCCCCAAAUAGGAAUGAUAAGACGCGUCUAGGAAGUGGGGGAAGUAUGGCUUCCAGCGAGGAUAACACGAACUGUGCACACCUCGCCGAAGGCAGAUUUUGUCGCAGGUACAGCUCGCUUCUGCGCAUGCUUCCGCAUGGGGGAGAACCCCCCAACACUUCGCUUGACGCCAUCACGGUGGCGAACAAUCACUUGAAUGGGGAUGCAACGUCGGUAAACACACGCAGUACCGGGCCGCACGUUUACUCAAGCAGUUCCGCCACGCCUCCCGUGUCGGAGGACUUAGCCAUUCGAAACGGCGGGGUGGAAGAUUUUUCCACAUCCUCAUGGUGCUCGCGACGACGUUCAGACUUCUCCAGCACGCCGCUGUCGGAAACAAAUCCACAGAAAGCGAACCGCCACCCGCAUAUUCUUUCCCUGCCGCGUGAUGAGAAUGCGGGGAUUGUGAGGUGCGGCCACACCGACCUGCCAACGGCAGAUGUCUUUAGCAAUGACGUUCAAAAUCAGCUUCCGCCACGUCACCCCGUGGCUAGGCGGCUGCCGUUUUUGUCGUGGGAGAGUGCCAACGGUGCUGCCUACACCACAGCAGGGAUUCUUCGGCAACGACUUCUGAGAACGGAGGCCGCCACCAUAAUUCAAGUGGCCUGGCGCAAUUGGAGAGAACGACGACGCAUGGACGCGGUGCGAAAAUUGAAGGAUUUACAUAGCUACAGUAAAUUACAGCUGGGUUUGCGUUCACGUGACCCAUCGGAGAAGACUAAUAAUAGAAGUCUACUGAGGCGAUUGUGA